AUUCCUACAAAUCCUACGAGCUUUUGGAACCGCCUGCUUCGUGAAUUUAGUUGUCCUUGCAGUAAGAUAGACUUAUCAGUUCCACUUGCUCCCUGCAAUAAGUCGAAAGGUAACCAGGCACAGGCAACAAAUGAUGCUGACAAUCUUUCCGAUCACCAAGAAGCUGUGGCCAAAGAGGCAGAGAAUGAAGGUUCCUCACAUCGCCUUCAGGUUUUAUACCUGCCUUUUACUAUGUCCUCUUGCCCCAGACAAGCUGCAAUUCUUUUCACUAAUCCAGAAAUCGGUCAGUUUCUUAUUCGCAUUGAGGGCUUUGCUCUAUUGCCGUUGCCACUUCCCCUGGAUACAUCUAACUCUAGAGACCUCGAUGAGAAUCAAAUCAAUUCAGGUCAUCCUGAAAAUCGUCAGUCACAAGCUGAAUUAAGCUUCACCGAAUUAUCAAGAUAA